AUGAGACCACCGUCGCCCUCGAUUCCAGAGAAGGAGUUCCUCUUCAGCGCUCUCAAACAAUCUUUACGACUCGAUGGUAGACUAUCCUUGGAGAUGCGCUUGCCAACCAUCACGUUUGGACCAGAUUUUGGUUGGGUGGAGUGUGCUCUUGGAAAGACAAGGGUUCUUGCUCAGGUGGAAGCGAAAAUGGUGAAACCGGCGCCAGAGCGACCGUUCCAAGGAACAAUCACGAUUCACUCAGAGAUUUUACCUAUGGCAUCGAGCGAGUAUGAACCUGGCCGGCCAUCAGAUGAAGAAGUCACCAUUACACGUAUGCUCGACAAGGUUCUUAAACGAAGUGAUGCCGUGGACAAGGAGUCGUUGUGUAUCUUGGCUGGGCAGAGGGUUUGGCACAUCCGCUUAACGCUACAUUUUCUAGCGGACGCCGGAAACAUGCUUGAUUGCGCAUGUCUGGCUGGAAUCACGGCCCUCCAACACUUCAGGAGACCAGACGUUGAAGUCGUUGGAGACGAAGUUAUCGUCCACUCUCCCUGGGAUCGGGCUCCAGUGCCUCUAGCGAUCCAUCACACGCCCUUUUGCUUUACUUUUGCCUUUUUCCCCGACAUUACGACACCCCCUGUCCUUGAUCCAAAUCAGCUGGAGCAAAGGCUCAGCGCCGGUUUCGUGUCGAUUGCCUUGAAUGCCCAGAAAGAAAUAUGUGUGCUUCAGAAGCUCGGAGGGGUCCCUUUGGAGACUGAAGAGGUCUUGACCCUUGUCAACGUGGCCGUUGGAAAGGCGAAAGAGCUGCACGGAUUUCUCGACACCCAAUUACGCGAGGAUUGGGUUGGUCGAAAGGUCGAGGUUAGAUAACCAAUAAAAAGUGGUUCGCAC